GCGCACAUGGCUAUCCACAUCCAAGUCGGGAGCUUAUAAAAUCAAGCCCUUCACAACAGCUCAUCACACAAGAGCAACACCAGAGCGGAUACAUCGGGAGCGCCACGCCAGGUGAAGACACAGAAUGGAGUUGAAACCUCUCCUCAAAAAACUGGCCUUAAUUCUCCGAGCCAUCUUCACAUUCCUCUUUGCGUUUGUUGUCCUUAACGUUAUGAUAUGGGCCUACGUUGAAGGUUUCCAGCUGGCCACCUCCAGCUACGGAAUCAUCUCCUUUGGCUUAUACGGCCUCCUGCUCUCGUUUCACGUUCUGGUCCAGAGCUUUUUCGCCUUCAUUGAGCAGCGGCAGAUGAAGAACCGCAAAAAACCAUGCACUUUCACCAAGACCAUUGGCUUCACCAUUUCAGCCUACCAGGAGGACCCAGCCUAUCUCAAAGAGUGCCUCAACUCCGUUCGGGCCCUCGAGUAUCCAUCUGAGCUGCUGCGCAUCAUCAUGGUGGUGGACGGCAACAGCAACGAUGACCGCUACAUGAUGGAGAUGUUCAAAGAGGUGUUUGCCGACCAGGACCCCGCCUGUUACGUGUGGGAGAACAAUUACCACGCGUGGAAACCCACUAAGGUGCAGCCCGAUGAGAAGACCCAUGAACCUGUCUUCAUAGGAGUGGACCUCCAGCGAAAGGAAGUGGAGCACCUCAUUCAGACCAAGAAAUGUGUGUGCAUCAUGCAGAAGUGGGGGGGCAAGCGGGAGGUGAUGUACACCGCCUUUAAGGCCCUCGGAUCUUCAGUCGACUACAUCCAGGUAUGUGACUCGGACACCAAGCUGGACUCCCUGGCCACAGUGGAGCUGUGCAAGGUGCUGGAGAGUGACACCAGGUACGGCGCAGUUGGCGGGGACGUGAUGAUCCUCAACAUGAAGGACUCGUACAUCAGUUUUAUGAGCAGUCUUCGCUACUGGAUGGCCUUCAACAUUGAGCGGUCUUGUCAGUCCUUCUUCAACUGCGUCUCUUGCAUCAGUGGACCCUUGGGGCUCUACAGGAACGAUCUCCUUCAGGCAUUCCUGGAAUCUUGGUACAAUCAGAAGUUUUUAGGAACUCACUGCACUUUUGGAGAUGACAGACAUCUUACCAACCGUAUGCUGAGCAUGGGAUACGCCACAAAAUACACAGCCAACUCCAAAUGCUACACGGAGACGCCGGCUCAGUUCCUGCGCUGGCUCAACCAGCAAACCCGCUGGACAAAGUCCUACUUCCGCGAGUGGCUCUUCAACGCCAUGUGGUGGCACAAGCACAAUCUGUGGAUGACCUACGAGUCCAUCGUCUCGGGGGUAUUCCCCUUCUUCGUCACGGGCACCAUCAUCCGGCUGUUCUGGACGGGCACGCUGUGGGAUAUCCUGUGGGUGCUGUGUUGCAUCCAGCUGAUCGGACUGGUGAAAGCGGCGUACGCCUGCAUCCUGCGCCGGGACCUGGUGAUGGUGUUCAUGUCCCUCUACUCGGCUUUGUACAUGACCAGCCUGCUGCCGGCUAAGUACUUUGCCAUUCUUACCAUGAACAAGAGCAGCUGGGGAACGUCAGGCCGGCGUAAGAUUGUGGGCAACUAUAUGCCCCUGCUGCCACUGUCAGUGUGGGCAGCCGUUUUAUUAUCAGGACUGCUUUACACAAUUUACCGAGAGAGUACAAUGAACUGGUUUACCCCAGCCAAGGAACUGGAAAUUGAAUUUCUUAUUUUCGGCUGCGUAGUGUACUUGUGUUACUGGUUAAUCAUGAUGGUUUUAUACUGGGUGUGGUUCCGCAAGGCAUGUAGGGUACGUGCCAAAAGUUACACGUUGAAUGUGUAAGUCCACGACGUCUAGUGACGUCUCGACACGUUAAUUUAUCAUAUGUUUGCUAUUUUAAAUGAAUUAAUUUAUUUUGUCUCCAAUCUCAGGACAACAAAAGGGCUUCCAUGCAGCUGCUAAACUAAUCAAUAGAAUGAAUAAAGUUAAUUAGUGAAAGGACCAAAGCAUACUUUGACAGCGACUUGUUGUUGCACUUUGAAAUGAAACUGCUUUUGGCCAUUCUUAUGCACUUCAAUAAGAGAGACACAUUCCCGACAUUAAUAAUAUUAUAGAAAUGCUGUACAUACUGUAUAGGGGAUACUGGGGACUGUGUGAUGUGGAAAUAUAUAUAAGAAUUAUGUGGUUGUAUGUAAAUAGUUGUUAAAAAAAAAACAUUUUUGUUGUUACACUGGAGUUCUGAGGAUAUUUUGCUACAGGGUUGCACACUUCAAAAUACACAACAUGUGUCUACAUGUGUAUGUAUGCCUGCAAGUUUUAAAGGACUAGUGCUUUGGAAUCCCCUUUGUCAAAAUCGUGGGAUUUGUGAUGUGAGAAUAAGGGAGUAAGUUCCCAGAGACCUUCACGGAAACUUCUGAGCCAAAACAUUGAGUUCUUGAUAAGAGGCCACCCCCACGUUCUGAGGGAAGAACAUCUUUUUUUUUUUUUUUUUUUGCUAUUUGUUCAGGGAAUGACCAAAGUGAGAUAAAACAAUUCACAUGCCUAGAUUGAGACUUCACUUCAAAGAUAAUUGCAUUAGAAAAGACAAAGGUCAUAUUAAUACAGCUCGGUUAUUGCUAUAACCAAAAUGAUGUCCAUUCAAGUGUGUGAAACAUGAAUGUAUAAGCACAGUUAAAACACCUUGAAUAAAACAACUGAGGAUUUGCAAUGAUAUCUUGAUGUGAAGAAACAAUGUGAACGAAUAAAUAUUUUUCUAACUUUUAAC